AAGUACCUGCUUGUGACACUGAUUUCUUUUAUGGCGGCUACGAAGAUUGGCCGUCCUUCAGGGACAUGUUCACAGCAGUGUACAAACAACACCCCCAACUCUCUCAAGCCCAAAAACUGUACUACUUAAAGCUAAAAACCCGAGGUAAAGCAGCACUUUUAAUAAAAAACUAUGAGAUGAAUGACCAAAACUUUGAGCUCGCAUGGGAUGCAUUAAAAUCCCGUUAUGAAAAUCGCAGACUCCUUGUCGACAACCAACUCAAAACCCUCUUUAAUAUUCAGCCCAUUCAAAGCGAAAAUGGGGAAAAAAUUCAGGCAAUUCAGACAACAAUAAACAAUUGCCUCUCGACUUUGAAAUCAAAUGGCGUACCCACAGAAAACUGGGACCCCAUAUUAAUACAUCUCUGCUCCUCAAAACUCCCAGAUGAAACCCUAGCGUUAUGGGAACAGUCACUCGACUCUAGAAAAGAGUUACCCCUCUGGUCAGAAAUGAAUAAAUUUCUGACAACCCGUUAUGAAAUCGUAGAGAGACUUAGUACGUACAGGCCAAAUAAACCCAAGGCCUCAACACCAAAUUAUACCCCACGCUCAUCAACCCCUAAUCAUACUCAUUCCUUCGGCUAUAAAAACAGAACUCACUCAUUUAACACUGAGUUAAAAAAACAGGUAUCUUGCAAAUUAUGCAACUCAAAUCACUCUCUGAUGACCUGUGUCAAAUUCAAGGAGCUCUCAGUUCUAGAACGCAAUAAGUUCAUAAGAGACAACAACUAUUGUAAAAACUGUUUGGCCUGUUCUCACUCAGAAACUGAGUGCCACAGCAAGUUUACCUGCGUUUAUUGCCAAAAACGGCAUCACUCUCUUCUCCAUUACCCCGCUAGAUCACCAACAGCAAAUACAGGCACCAGGUCUAAAACAAAUCAGGCACGAGUCCCAUCUCCAGGGAAUAGCAACCCAAACGAAGCAUCAACCUCAAAGGCAGCUCAACAAACUCUCUCACAUUUUGCGAGUAGUAGAGAAAAAACCCUACUUCCUACCGCAAAAAUCUCAAUCCUGCAUAAUGGAGAAAUUUUCAAAAUUCGAGCUCUUGUAGAUCAAGGAUCUCAGAAAACAUUCAUAGCGUCUCGCAUACAAAAACUGCUUGGCCUGCCGACAAAAGCGACUAGUUAUGAAAUUAUGGGAAUGGGUGGCCGCGUACUGCAAAAUGCGAACAGAAUCUGCCCGAUUACCAUUUGUUCUGCUGAUUCAACUAUGAAAAUAACGACAAACGCGAUAAUACUCCCGCAACUUACUCAUUUCUUGCCAUCGUUCAAAGUUACAUAUAUUGAACUGCAAGAAUACUCAUCCCUCCCCCUAGCAGACCCCCACUGUUUUACUCCAGCUCGAAUAGACAUGGUAUUAGGAAGCGAUGUCAUUCCCCAAGUGUUACUCCCAGGCCUAAAAACCAAUGUCGGUGGAAGUUUGAUAGCCCAAAACUCAAUAUUUGGGUGGAUUUUGAGCGGCCCACUGACGGAGCAAGUAUCAUCAUUCUCAACCCAGGUAGUUGAAAGCACAACAAACUCUCUCAAUGAUCUGCUCAAGAAGUUCUGGGAUCAGGAGGAAGUACCAGCAACCCCAUCCCUCACUGACGAUGAUGUAUUUUGUGAAGAUCUCUAUCAAAAGUCCACAACUCGCAGAGAUGACGGUCGUUACGUGGUAAAACUUCCGUUUAAAACUACUUUCCCGGACACGAUUGCACUCGGACACUCCAAGCCUGCAGCACAACAACAAUAUCUCAGUAUCGAGCGAUCGCAUGAAAGGAAGCCGGAACUGCAACAAACAUACUCGAAGGUCCUUGAAGAAUACCUCACAUUAGGUCACAUGGAACCCACAUCGUCCCGAGAAAUAAUACGUGAAGGCAAAUAUUUUUCAUUCUACCUACCCCACCACGCAGUAAUAAAGCCACAUAGUAAAACUACCAAGGUGCGAGUAGUUUUCAACGCGUCGAAACUUUCGCAUUCAGGUAUCUCUCUUAAUGACAUCCUCCACACAGGUCCAAUACUCCAAAAUGAUCUUAUGCUCGUUCUACUCAAAUGGCGUUUGUACAAAUACGUUUUCAAUGGCGACAUUGAGAAAAUGUACCGCCAGAUAUACAUUCACCCAGAGGAUCAAGAAUUCCAAAGGAUGCUUUUCCGCAGAACCCCUCAAAGUUCGGUACAAGAUUUUAAAUUAAAAACUGUUACCUUUGGUGUCAAUUGCGCGCCAUACCUCGCGAUAAGAACGCUUCACCAACUAGCUAAAGACUCAAGCAUCAAAUACCCAAAAGCCACAGAAAUACUGUUAAAUGAAAUAUACGUUGACGAUAUACUCUCUGGGGGUCACGACCUCGACUCAGCACUUACGUCAAUGACCCAGGUAACUGAUGCGUUAAAAUCAGCAGGUUUUCCAUUAAAAAAAAUGACUGCGAACCACAAAUAUCUACUCAAAAAUAUACCUAAACCAGACCUCCUAGAAACAAACUUUCUUGAAUUCCAUGAUUCCAGUUCAACAAAAACUCUCGGCGUAACAUGGAAUGCACGCAACGAUGAAUUCUCAUACUCUAUUGACCCCCUGCCAGACUCCACAGCAGCCACUAAAAGACAGAUUUUGUCCUCCGUGGCGAAACUUUUCGACCCGGCAGGGUGGCUAUCGCCAAUGAUGAUCCAGGCGAAAAUCUUACUCCAACAACUCUGGAUGGAAGGUACCGAUUGGGACGAGAACGUCAAACCCGGAGCGCUUCGCAAGUGGACUUCAUUUCGAGAAAACCUCAUAGCCAUCAGCGAAAUACGGAUACCGCGAUGGGUUCAGUUUUCCCCUAAUAAAACCAUUCAGCUCCAUGGAUUCUCCGACGCAUCCGAAAAAGCAUUCUGCGCAUGCGUUUAUCUCCGAGUGGAACACUGUGAAAACUCGGCAUCAUCUCAUUUGCUCGUAGCAAAAAGUAAAGUCGCACCCCUCCAAACAGUGAGUCUGCCUCGCUUGGAACUGUGUGGAGCGGUCCUUCUCUCCAAACUUGUGAAGCAUAUUCGAUCCCAACUUAAUCUGCCGACCCAUGAGCUCAUACUCUGGUCAGACUCCUCUAUCGUGCUGGCCUGGCUAGAAAAACCACCAUGGACAUGGAAGCCAUAUGUGGCGAACCGAACUUCCCUCAUCUUGCAGAAUGUCAAUAACGCCACAUGGAGACACGUAUCGAGCUUAGACAAUCCCGCAGAUUUAGGCACUCGAGGAUGCAAGCCACAAGAUCUAGCGUCAUGUUCCCUAUGGUGGAAUGGCCCUCAGUGGCUCACCAAACCCUCAGCGAGCUGGCCAAAGAAUGCGCCUCAAACGCUCUUUCCCCCUGAACAAAAAUCUGUGGAAUCUUAUCACACAAUAGAGAACGAAGACCCUCUCACUCGAUUCUCGUCAUUUCCUCGCGCCCUUAGGGUAAUCGCUUACGUGUAUCGGUUCAUCCGCAGCGCACGAAAGGAACCAAUACCCACGACGCACACACUCACCCAGGACGAAAUCAGUUACGUCAAAACCCGGCUCAUCAUAUGCGCCCAACACAAUCAUUACGCAGAGGCGGUCGCACAACUGGAAGCCGCGAAACCGAUUUUCUCCACACAACUCUACUCCACGCGGGAAAACAGCUCAUGGUCCGGAUGGUACAACAAGAGUAUUACGUCCCAAGACUUAAGCAGAAAGUUAAAAAAUGCAUUUUCCACUGCAAGGUGUGCACCAUACACAAGCGAGAAAUGCGAUCGCAGAUAAUGGCGGCCUUGCCUCCAGCACGAGCAACCUACUCGCUACCAUUUCACACCACGGGAAUAGACUUCGCGGGCCCAUUCCUGGUGAAAACUUCUUUACUGCGUCGCGCCUCACACACAAAAGCAUAUGUAUGCGUGUUUGUCUGCUUCUCCACCAAAGCCAUACAUCUAGAACUCUGCUCAGACCUGACAAUAGAAGCCUUCAAGGCCUGCUUUGCCAGAUUCGUUGGUCGACGUGGUCUCCCCCAUAAAAUCAUGUCGGACAACGGGAAAACUUUCGUAGGCGCUCAAAGGUCAAUCCACCGAGAACUUUCCACUUUUCUUAAGGAAGCCGCCUCAGAUAUCGCUGAAAAAUAUAUCGUUCAUGGCCUCUCCUGGCAAUUUAUACCACCAUACGCUCCUCAUAUGGGAGGCCUGUGGGAAGCAGCGGUUAAAAGUUUUAAGACGCACUUCAACAAAGUCGCGGGGAAUCACAAAUUCACGUUUGAAGAAUUCACCACACUGCUCAUACGAAUCGAAGCGGUACUCAAUUCCAGACCGCUGUCGCCUUUGUCUCAAGAUCCUAGCGAUUUACAGCCUCUUACUCCCGGUCACUUCUUAAGAGGAGCACCACUUGCCUCUCUGCCAGAACCUAACGCAGAAAACCUGUCUCUUCCAAACAAGUGGCAGAAGCUCAAGGUACUUCACCAUCAAUUCAGCACCCGAUGGAAAACUGAAUAUUUGCAAGAGCUACACAAACGGCAUAAGUGGAAAGGCAAAGAACCCAAUAUCGCAGUGGAAGACCUCGUCGUCAUCAAAGAAGACAACCUCCCACCAAAUGAUUGGCGCCUCGGACGUAUUGUUAAGCUCUAUCCCGGUCCCGACCAAAACGUUCGCGUGGCUGACAUCCGUACCCAAAAGGGAAUUAUAACACGCAACAUCGCAAAAUUAUGCUUGUUACCACCUCCACCCAGCACAAUGGAUGCUUAACGCAUCAAACUUUAUUCAAAAUUCUCUUUUCUUUAUACCUCAAUAUACAGACUCUGUGGUUAACCACAGAACAUUUUCACUCCCAUUCCCUCCGUAUUUACGCAAAAAAAAAACUAAUGUUUGGUUUCAAAUUUAAUUUCUUCAUAGGACAAGUGAAGCAUCCAUGGAGCUCAGCAAAUGUCGCCUUUGUUGCCGCCCCCAUUCAUUGCGCUACUGUAAAGCUUUUCUCGCCAUGACGCCGGCUGAAAGGCAUGAGUCAGCCCGAGUCCAUAAAUAUUGUGUAAACUGCCUGGCUACCUCCCAUGUCACCGGUGCCUGUGACUCUCCAGCCAGCUGUCAUCAGUGUGGUAGGGCGCACCACACGCUGCUACAUCGAACGCUGGCGAAGUCGUCAACGAUCCGACGUAGGGAGAGGACUCGCUAUGCUAGCCGUCGGACAAUUCGGCGUACUCGAGGUCUGCAAAGUCCCACCGCUGCCCGGAGUCGUAAAAUGCGUGAGCUGCUCAAUAAAGCGCAAGACAUCAUCAACCAGCUGAAGGAGCUAGUAUCCGCUUCUACGCGGCCGGCCGGGCGUGAUGUCGAAGACAUGGAUGAUGAUGAAUAAUUAGCUAACCUUUAUCUUAUAAAUAUAUUUGAAAUGUAAUAGAAUUACUUAUAAUGAAUUUACAUGAAGAAUUAGUCACCCUUUACUUUAUAUACAUAUUUGAAAUGUAAUAGAAUUACUUAAUUCGAAACUGAACAUACUCACUAUCCUUA